GUGAGCCGCGGCCGACCAGGCGCGUCUGUCCGGUCGCCCAGCAACCGCACCACGGCUGCCGAUGAGGCCUGGCACCCGCGAAAUUUACCAAACCUGAGUUACUGACCUGGCUCAUCCCGCGAACGCUGACCUAUGGAUUCAUGGGUGUGGUGUUAUUCUUUAUCAUGAAAUAUUUUUAAGAAAGUUGGGGAUAAAACAAUACCUAAACCUGCUUCUUAACAUGGUACCAGAAGAGAGCUAUUGCCAAGAAUUUGAUUUAUAGAGAAAUCAUGGUUCGACUGACCUUGGAUCUAAUUGCCAAAAAGAGCAAUCUUAAACCCCGAAAAGAAGAAACCACUUUACAAUACCUGAAGAAAAUAACUCAUAUAAAUUUUUCAGCCAAAAAUAUAGAUGCAAUUGAAGACCUCUCUCUUUGCAAAAAUCUUAGUGUUUUAUAUUUGUAUGAUAACUGUAUUAGUCAAAUCACUAACCUGAAUUAUGCCACAAAUCUGACCCACUUAUACCUACAAAACAAUUGUAUUUCAUGUAUAGAGAACCUCGGGUCAUUAAAGAAACUGGAAAAACUAUAUCUGGGAGGCAACUACAUUGCUGUCAUAGAAGGCUUGGAAGGCUUAGAAGGACUAAGAGAGCUUCAUGUUGAGAGUCAGAGGCUUCCCCUUGGAGAAAAGCUCCUGUUUGAUCCAAGAACUCUUCAUUCUCUGGCAAAAUCCCUCUCUAUAUUGAAUAUCAGCAAUAACAAUAUUGAUGACAUAAGAGGCUUAGAAAUACUGGAGAAUCUUAAUCAGCUCAUAGCAGUUGACAACCAACUUCUGCAUGUGAAGGAUUUGGAGUGUUUACUGAACAAGUUGAUGAAGCUGUGGAAAAUGGAUCUAAACAGAAAUCCUGUUUGUCUCAAACCGAAAUACAGAGAUAGACUGAUAUUGGUGUCCAAAUCACUGGAAUUCCUUGAUGGAAAAGAAAUUAAAAAUAUGGAAAGACAAUUCCUAAUGAAUUGGAAAGCAUCCAAAGAUGCCAAGAAAAUCAGCAAAAAAAGGAACAGUAUGAACGAGGAUAUAAGUAACUCAUACAUAAGUAACUUUGAAACAAUGCAUCACAUAGUUCCUGUUUAUUACCCACAGGUGGGUAAGCCAAAAUUAGUUUUUUUCUCUGAUACACAAAGAUACCUUGCAAAUGGAAAUGCAUCUCCAGAAAGCUCCCAAGAAGAUAACCCUAAAAUUAUUGAAGACAUGGGGAAUCUCUCUUUGAAGAAAUCUGAAAGCUUGCUGACAAAAAAUGAUGUACGUGAACCUCACCUUCUUCAUAAUUCAAAAGUAAAAGAAAAUGUGUUUGUAAAAAACCAGUAA